GUCACGUGGACAUGACCUUGGACAAAGCCUUGCGCGCCUGUCUGCAGCCUUUACCACACAGGAUCUAGUAGUGUUAAAAUCAUUCGACACAAUGGCAGAAGGAGAGGCAUACAGUCAGCAGGAUUAUGCGAAUUUUGAUGGUCAAAAUGGGGACCAGUAUGAAGAAAGUUCAGGGGCAUAUGUACAGGAAAAAAUGGAAGGCCAGGAAACAACAGAAGAUCAAGGCUCCGGCGAUGAUGAAUCUAAAGACGAUGGGAACGAAGACGCAAGAAAAAUAUUUGUGGGCGGAUUGAGUUGGGAAACCACAUCAAAGGAUUUAAAAGAUUAUUUUACAAAGUUCGGCGAAGUCGUCAGUUGCACAUUGAAGACAGAUCUAGAGACAAAACGAUCCAGAGGUUUUGGAUUUGUUGUGUUCAAGGAUAUAGAUUGUUUAGAAAAGGCACUUAUGGAGUCAGAACACAAACUUCAUGGGAGAAAUAUUGACCCAAAGAAAGCAAAUCCAAGGGCAAAGGCAAAUAAGAUAUUUGUGGGAAGAUUAGAUCCAGCAGUUAAAGAGGAUGACAUCAAAGCAUACUUUUCAAAGUUUGGAGAAGUUGCAAAAUUGGAUCUGCCAUACGACAAGAUCAAAGAACAGAGGAGAGCUUUCUGCUUUGUUGAGUUUGAUACAGAAGAGGCCCUUAAGCAUUGCUUAGAAACAAAUAAACACAAGAUCGGAGAUCAAGAGGUGGAUAUCAAGCGUGCAACACCGACUGCUGGCAGGGGCAGAGGAGGCAGAGGCGGCUACGGAGGUGGCUGGGGACAAGGCUGGCAUCAGGCCUACAAUCAGAACUACAACAACUACAAUAACUACUACGGUAGUGGCUAUGGUAGUGGCUAUGGAGGAUACGGUGGCUAUGGUGGUUACCAGGGAUAUGAUUACAACCAGGGAUAUGGCCCAUGGGGAGGAUAUGAUCAAUAUGGUGGAUAUGGAGGAUACGGUGGUUAUGAUUACGGAGGCUGGGGCUAUAACCAGGACCAAGGCCAGCAGAGUAACUAUGGAAAGGCACCAAAGAGAGGGGGUGGGGGCUACCACCCAUACAACCGAUCAUCCAAGAUGGCGGAAAAGCAGGAACCACGGGAAACGUCAAAUGUUAAAACGCCUAGUUCUUCCCAGAGGAAAGUUAUGCAGCAAGAGAGUGUACAAGAUGGCCAAGAUGUACCACCUUCAGAUGUUGUGAAACUGUGCGAGGAGACAUUUCAAAAGACAGCAGAAUAUCUCAGAGGGGAAUUAGAAGGAACUGUGGAAGACUACAAGCUCCUGGAAAAGAUGAACAAAGUUACCAUCUGCAAAUACUCAGAAAUGAAAAACAUUGCUGUCAGCAUUGGCUCCUCUCUUACAGAGCUUAAUGACAAAUACAAAAGUCUUCAACCCUACCUUGAACAGGUGGAUGAGAUUGAGGAGAGUGUGGUGGCUCUGGAACAGGCAGCGUACAACCUGGACCAGUACUCAAAAAGACUAGAGGAGAAGUUCAAGGCUUUGGAGAAGAGGUGAUCAAGAGUCACCUGGAGGAAGACUGGCGCUGUCUGUUCGUGGUGUCCUGUCAUGCAGGUGGACUCUCUGUACAGUAGCAAGGGAGAUAACCAUGGAGAUAUCCCGCUUUGUUGACCACAAGAUGGACUGAUGUGAUGAAGAUAAUUUUGUGCUUUCAUCAUGUGACUAUUUCAGUUGAGCCUUGUAUGAUAAUGUAAACAUUUUCUUACACGUUAAGAGGAACAAAUAUUAUGAAUUAUGUAGGAGUAGCUUGUCGUUUGAAAGUGUUAGUUGUUUUCUUAUGAUAAGCAUGGUGAUAGAAAAGCUAACUGCCAUUGGAUAUGUAAAUCAUGUUUAUAUGUACAUGUGAGUGUGUUCUGUUGUAGGGACAAUGUGUUUGUUUAUGAAUGGUAUGUUGUUUUCCAGGAAAACAAUACUUUUUAAGAGAGUGACCACAUGUUUUCAUGCUUGAAAAGUCAGUACAUUUAAAUCACAGUUCAUUAAAGAUGAAGCUUGCUUUUUGUUUAUGAAUUUGAUCAUAGAAAAUUGUGUUUGAUUGCCUUAAUAAGUGUAGACACACUGUUACAUUUGUAAUGAGCAAUGAUUCCUUUCAAGAAAGCUUGUUGUAAAUAAGUUUUGUACAUCCAACAAUCAAGCCAGAUAGACACAUUAAAAAUGUUAAAAAACCACCUUAUUCAAAAUAUAAUCGUCAAUAAGUCACGACUUGUAUGCAUUCCAUUCUUCUGACUAGGGCUGGGAUGGGUAACUCGGGUACUCGGGUCGGGUGGGUACUGAGUAGGACCCGGGGACCCACAGGACUACCCGGACCCGUGGUUAGUCACGUGAUAUAUUGUUUAAUGACAAAAGAUUAUCUAGAACUCUACGGCUACACCAUAAGUGACUAAUGUUUGCAUUUUUUUUUUACUUUGCACACAUUCCUUUUGACUUAUGAAUAAAGAUAAAACUUCAGUCAACUUCAGUUUAUGCAUGACGUGUAUCUAAAUACAUUUUGCGAGGGCUACGGUCAAACUAUUCCCAGUCGGACAUUUGGACCUAUCUCUUGAGACCUCUAGUGGGUACCCGGGUAGGGUCAGAUAAUAGCGGGGUGGGUACCUGGGUAGUAAAUUUGGACUUGUCCCAGCCCUACUUCUGACCCAUGUGAAUACACACGGCCAAUAUGUGGUGUAGUUGCUAUUUUUAACCAACAAAUCAAUACACAGCCUGGUUCUAGGGAAAGGGAGGGAGUGCUCAGGCCAAUGAAUGCAGCUUACUGCACACAAAUGGCAAUGUUUCUAACUUGUCAUGAGCAAAGUGAGCCAUAGGCAGUGGUCAGUUUGCACAAAGUUCGGCACAGAUAAGGGCUCACUUGACGACUUCUAGUUACGAAACAGCCUCAUUUAAUUCCUUACAAGAAAUAGACAUACAUCUACUACUACACCAAAUAGCGGCCAUGUGAAUGCACAGGUGAUGAGAAAAGUAGUGCAUACAUAUAUACCUGUGACAUUGAUGAUGAAUGAAAUCAGUUUUGUACACAAUAUUGUAAACUGAUACAAAAUGAGGGCGUGUGACUGCUGAGGCAGAGGAGUUAUGUUGGAGAUGAAGUUAUCUCUGUCCAUCCAAGUGAGACCUGGGCUGAUGGAGAAACAUUUUGUAAAGUAAGUGAUAGCGAUUUAACAUAAAACUGGUACAAUUUAAAACUGUUACUAUUGUGCAAUAUUUUACCAUGUUCUCAUCCGAUAUUGAGAAAAUAAACAUCAUUGAAAGAUA